UUGGACUACUUUGGCUUUUUGCAGACAGCUUGGUCUUACUCUUCACUUUGUGUAUCGAGAUUGAGAACUAGUGAAUAUAAAUUUGAAGGAAUUUUCAGUUAUGGCAAAACAUCAUCCAGAUUUAAUAUUUUGUCGGAAACAACCAGGCGUUGCUAUAGGUCGGUUGUGCGAAAAAUGUGACGGAAAAUGCGUCAUUUGCGACUCAUACGUGAGACCGUGUACGCUAGUACGAAUUUGUGAUGAAUGUAACUAUGGAUCAUAUCAGGGACGAUGUGUAAUCUGUGGAGGUCCAGGUGUAAGUGAUGCAUACUACUGCAAAGAAUGCACAAUUCAGGAAAAAGAUAGAGAUGGAUGUCCGAAGAUUGUCAAUCUAGGAAGUGCAAAGACAGAUUUGUUUUAUGAAAGAAAAAAAUAUGGUUUCAAAAAGAGGUAGCCAUUUUUUGCUUCCAGUUACCAUCAAGUCAUUAUCCAAGUGGUGAAUGUUAAAAAUUGUAUGCGAAAUACAUAAUGAUUUUUCUU